GCUCCGGGGCUGGGCCCACGGGAGGGUGGGGCGGCUGGGAAGCUGGCACGCUGCCCCCGGGGAGCCUCUCUCGGCAGGCGCCCGGGUGCCGCGGGGGGGAGGGGGGAACAAAGGGCUCAUUCUCCCCGUGCGCAGCCGGUGGCAUCGCCGGGGCGUUGGCGGAAGCCCCCGGGGCCCGGGAGGGGGCAGGCCCACGCCGGGCCGCCGAAUCUCGGGCUCCUGUUUCCCCGCAGGGUGCUGGAGGAGGAAACCGGCGGAGCAGCUUCCCCACUCUCAGUUGCGCGUCUGGCGAUGGCGGUCAGAGGUCCUGCUGCGCUCUCCGCUGGGCACUCCCUCCAUUAGCCGCGCCGCGCCGUGCUGCGCCGUAGCUGGUGCCUCUCUCCCGGGUCACGGGACCAGCCUCCCUUCCAGGCACGACCCCCUCCCCCGGCCCCUCGGCCUUUCCCCCCACUCCGCCAUCUCCGACCCGGGGCGCGCGUUCCCCCCGGCCCGGCUCCCUCUCUCCCUCCGGGGGCACCCGCUCCCUAGCCCCGGCCCGGCCCUCCCCGCAGCGCAGCACGGAGUCUCGGCGUCCCAUGGCGCAACCCACGGCCUCGGCCCAGAAGCUGGUGCGGCCGAUCCGCGCCGUGUGCCGCAUCCUGCAGAUCCCGGAGCCCGACCCCUCCAACCUGCGGCCCUAGAGCGCCCCCGCCGCCCCGGGGGAAGGAGAGAGCCAGCGCGCUGAGCAGAGAGCGGGAGAACGAACGAGUUCUCGCCCGCCGGCCGGGAGGCCCCGGAACCAGCCCAUGGGUAGAGGGCACCCGGCGUCGGCCACAAAGACCGCCGCCGCCCGCGCCGCGCCCGGCGCGUGAAGCCCAGGGACCCCCUCUGGGAGAGCCCCAUGAGGGCAGGAGAGUGAUGGAGAGUACGCCCAGCUUCCUGAAGGACAGCCCAGCCUGGGAGAAGUCAGCCCCUGAGAAUGGCAUCGUGGGACCAGAGCCGGAUACCCCACCACAAGAUGGCCUGAGCCCUGCAGCACUGUGCCUGGGAGAGCCUGCUCCCUUCUGGAGGGGUGUCCUGAGCACCCCAGGCUCCUGGCUCCCCCCUGGCUUCCCCCAGAUCCCCAAGGACAUGCUCCCAUUGGUGGAGGGCAAAGGUCCCUGGAAUGGAGAGAGGAAGGCUAGCUGGUCAGGCAGCAAGGAGGCGCUGCGCUGGAAGGAGGCUAUGCUUACCCAUCCGCUGGCAUUCUGUGGGUCAGCGUGCCCGCCUUGCUACGGCCCACUGAUUCCUGAGCAUAACGGUGGCCCUCCCAAGAGUGACCCUGUGGCCUUCCGACCCUUGCACUGCCCCUUUCUUCUGGAGACCAAGAUCCUAGAGCAAGCUCCCUUCUGGGUGCCCAGCUGCCUGCCACCCUGCUUAGUGUCCAGCCUGCCCCCAGAGCGUCCAUGUGACUGGCCCCUGACCCCACACCCCUGGGGGUGCUCCGGAGUCCAGCCCAAAGUGCCCUCUGCCUUCAACUUAGGCAGCAAGGGUUUUUACCACAAGGAUCCAAGCAUUCUCAGGCUGGCCAAGGAGCCACUGGCAACUGUGGAACCCGGGUUGUUGGGCUCAGCGCCUGGGGGGCAUCUCCAGAGAACUGGGGACGCGGAACGCCCUUCACUCCACCAGAGAGAUGGAGAGACAGGAGUCGGCAGGCAUCAGAAUCUUUGCCCCCGUGUCCUGGGGCAUCCAGACACUGUUCCCCCGACCCCGUGGCCCACUUGUUCCCCAGGCCUGGUUCAUGGCAAUAUCUGGGCUGUACCGGGAGGCGGGAGCCUUGGGUACCAGCUGGGGCCGUCAGCCACAUCAAGGUGCCCCUCUCCUGGGCCUCCUACCGCCCAGGUGGACCGUUGCUCACUUCACCCACCAGCUAGAGAUGGAGGUCUUGGCCCUUGUAGGAAGUGCCAGGAGGACCUGGAGGGGGGCACCAGUGGGCCGGGUGAAUCCAGUGAGGAAGUAAACAAGGCCCCUGGUCCCAGGGCCUGCCCGCCCAGCCAUCACACCAAGCUGAAGAAGACAUGGCUCACACGACACUCUGAGCAGUUUGGGUGCCCAGACAGCUGCUCUGGGGAGGAGGAAAGCCCAGCGGCCCAGCUGCGCGCCCUCAAGAGGGCAAGCAGCCCCGAGGUCCAGGGAGCAGUGGGCAGCCCAGCCGCCAAGCGCCCGUCCGGCCCUUUCCCAGGCAGUGUGGGGCAGGGGGCCAGAGGUUGGCAGGAGCUGCUGGACUCAUCAUUUGGGAACAAGACAGAGGCAGAACAGCGUGAUGACCACAGAGGACCCCGAGACAUCAGGGCCAGCCUCCAGGACCCGGGGCUGCAGGAUACACCUUGCGCGGCUCCCCCGGCAGGCAUGACUCAGUGCCAAAGCUGUGCCCAGGCAGCUGGUGAGGCGGGAGGGCCGGCCUGCCACUCCCAGCCAGUGCCCAGAUUGCCUCUGGGAGGGGAGCAGCAGCAGGAGGAAGACUCGGCAGCCAGCUCCGAGGGAGGAGGGUCUGGCCCCGAGGAGGCCGGGCUCAGCAUGGGCCUCGCCAAGCACCUGCUAAGUGCUCUGGGAGACCGACUGUGCCGCGUGCUGCGGAGGGAGCGGGAGGUCUUGGCCUGGGCCCAGCGGGAAGCAGGCCAGGGGCCAGCCAGGACAGAGGACAGCCCAGGCAUUCCACGUUGCUGUAGCCGCUGCCACCAUGGACUCUUCAACACCCACUGGCGAUGCCCCUGCUGCAGCCACCGGCUGUGUGUGGCCUGUGGUCGCAUGGCAGGCGCUUGGAGGACCAGGGAGAAAGAAGGCUCUCAGGAACAGUCCAUGGAGAAGUGUACCCAGGCGGCUGGGCACAGUGCCUGUUCCCUGAUGCUCACCCAGUUUGUCUCCAGCCAGGAUAUGGCGGAAUUGAGCACUGCAGUGCACCAGGUCUGGGUCAAGUUUGACAUCCGGGGGCACUGUCCCUGCCAAGCUGAUGCCCGGAUGUGGACCCCUGGGGAUGGGGGCCAGCAGAAGGAGCCGAAGGAGAAAACUCCCCCAACUCCACAACCUUCCUGCAACAGGGAUACCAACAGGACCAAGGACAUUAAAGAGGAGACCCCAGACUCCAGAGAGACCCCGGCAGAGGACCGUGCUGGCCAAGGGCCCCUGCCUUGUCCCUCUCUCUGUGAACUACUGGCCUCCACUGCUGUCAAACUCUGCUUGGGGCACGAACGGAUACACAUGGCCUUCGCCCCUGUCACUCCAGCCCUGCCCAGCGACGACCGCAUCACCAACAUCCUGGACAGCAUCAUCGCGCAGGUAGUGGAACGGAAGAUUCAGGAGAGAGCCCUGGGGCCGGGGCUGCGGGCCAGGCCGGGCCUGCGCAAAGGCCUGGGCCUGCCCCUCUCACCGGUGCGGCCCCGGCUGCCUCCCCCUGGGGCUUUGCUGUGGCUGCAGGAGCCCAGGCCUCCUCGAGGCUUCCACCUCUUCCAGGAGCACUGGAGGCAGGGCCAGCCCGUGUUGGUGUCAGGGAUUCAAGGGAAAUUGCAAGGCCACCUGUGGGGGACAGAAGCUCUAGGGGCGCUUGGAGGCCAGGUGCAGGAACUGACCCCCCUCAGACCUCCCCAGCCCGCAAGCCUGGGCAGCACAACGUUCUGGGAGGGAUUCUCCCGGCCUGAGAUUCGCCCAAAGUCAGAUGAGGGCUCCGUCUUCCUGCUGCACAGAGCUCUGGGGGACGAGGACACCAGUAGGGUAGAGAGCCUGGCUGCCAGCCUGCCACUCCCAGAGUACUGUGCGCGCCAUGGGAAACUCAACCUGGCCUCCUACCUCCCUUGGGGCUCUGUCCUGCGUCCACUGGAGCCCCAGCUGUGGGCGGCCUAUGGUGUGAGCCCACAGUGUGGGAACCUGGGGACCAAGAACCUCUGUGUGGAGGUGACCGACCUGGUCAGUGUCCUGGUACGUGCUGAAGCCCCACUGCCUGCCUGGCACCGGACACAGAAAGAUUUCCUCUCAGCCCUGGACGGGGAGGGGCUCUGGUCCCCGGGCAGCCAGGUCAGCACCGUGUGGCACGUGUUCCGGGCACAGGACGCCCAGCGCAUCCGCCGCUUUCUCCAGAUGGUGUGCCCGGCCGGGGCUGGAAACUUGGAGCCUGGCACCCCGGGCAGCUGCUACCUGGACGCAGGGCUGCGGCGGCGCCUGCGGGAGGAGUGGGGUGUGAGCUGCUGGACUCUGCUGCAGGCCCCCGGAGAGGCCGUGCUGGUGCCCGCGGGGGCUCCCCACCAGGUGCAGGGGCUGGUCAGCACAGUGAGUGUCACUCAGCACUUCCUGUCCCCCGAGACCUCUGCCCUCUCUGCUCAGCUCUGCCACCAGGGGCCCAGCCUGCCCCCUGACUGCCGCCUGCUUUAUGCCCAGAUGGACUGGGCUGUGUUCCAAGCAGUGAAGUUGGCUGUGGGAACAUUGCAAGAGGCUAAAUAGGGGGAUCCCAGGUGUCUGGGGUAGGGGUUGGGAGCAGGCAGACCAGUGCUCAGCCCAGGCACAGCUUCAGCAGAGAAUGGCACCGGGGAACUUGGGGACUUCUGCUCAAUCCCGCAAGCACCACUCUGGACACAAGCGGGGCACCCCGUUCCCUGCCCCUGACCUGGGCCCUAAGGCCGACAACCACAGUGCCACUGAAGCUCGCACCUGCCCUUUGCAGGCUGGCACUUGCUCCAGCCCGAGCUCCUCUCCAUGGUACCAGACUCACACUGGGGAUGACCGUCUCCCUCCAACCCCUGCCCGCCAACCCAGGAGACGAAGAGCCCUUCCUUGGGGGACCUCGGAACUCAUUCUGGCUUAGGCAACACCUGCUGCUGCUGCUUCAUCUCCUGCUGUCUCACCUGUGCCCGAGCUCUGCUUAUACCACCCACAUCCUCCUGGGCACCCAGGUGGCCCUUUGCACUGCAGGCGUGCUGGACAAGGGCCACUGACAUCCUGCCCUCUUGCCAGACAGCUGUGAAGUGUGGGGAGGGGGCAGUAUCAGGCCACUACCCAGGCUUGGCUGGAGGGGUUGAUAUGGGCGAAGCCCCAUCCCUGCACCCUCCUCUCGCCUCCUUCCUUCUUGAUUUCCAUUAAAGGCUGUUGUUUUGUGAA